AAUGAGAUUAAUGUCCUCUAACUAAAACUGCGAAAAAUCAAGUCUCAUCAAGUACCAGUAGCAACACUAAUGAUAUCUGUGAACAACUUUGUCUCAUCAAGACUCUGGGAUAUUGCGAAGAUAGCACACAGACGACCUCAUUGCCGUCACUCUUGCGCACUGAUUAAUGUUGCGGUCAAAGCGAAUGUUGGUAUGGUCGUGUGUUUUCCAACGUUUCAACUGACUUCUAGCCAGGUACGGGGGACAAUUACAAGAUGCUACAAGGCAUUUACAGAUGGUGAGCAUGACUACAUUGUUUUGGAAGACCUGAGUGUCCUUGGUUUCCAGCCAGCCAAAGGACAAGAAACAUAUAACUUUGAACAUUGUGCAGAAGUUCUGAAAUGUAUGGCUAAGUUCCAUGCUCUUUCAUUUGCUAUGAAAGACCAGGAAUUGGAAGAAUUCAGAGCAGCUGCACACAAUUUGGAGGAAGUUCUCUACAGUGAAGCGCAACGAGAAUGGUACCGAGGAAUGAUGAAAAAUAUACUGAAUUAUUCUCUGGAGGCAGUUUCCUUAGAAUAUCCUGACAGUGUAUUUGAACAAAAGAUGAGAGAAUUCUGUGAAAGUGCAGUCUAUGAUAAAGCCAUUGAUCUUGUUAAGUCUGACAAGCCGCACUCUGUAAUUCUGAAUGGAGAUGCAUGGGGCCCAAACUUUUUAUUCCUUUACGGUGGUUCUGAUGAGCAACUUAUAAAAGAUCUUCGUAUAAUUGAUUUUCAAAUGUCACGCUGGGCAAACCCAGUAUGUGAUCUCUCAUUCUUUCUUUAUUCAAGCACAUCCAAGGAAUUCAGAGAUUCAAAUAUUUCAAAUCUGCUUAAAACCUAUCACCAUAGCCUUUCAGAAAUGAUCCAGGAUUUGGGAUCUGAUCCACAAGUUGUUUACCCAUAUGAAAUAUUUGAAGCAGAAGUAAAACAAUUCUCUGCUUUUGGAUUCAUUAUGUCAUUGGAAGCUGUGGCAGAGAGUACACUGAAUGAGCCUGAUAAACCGAAACUUAAUUUAAUGGAAGGGAAAGAAUUUAUUCCGCUGCAUGAAAUUUGGAAGUUUCCCCCAUUAACAAAUAAGCAAACAAUCAAGCGGCUAGCAGAUAAUGUAAAAUAUGCCGUAGAAAAUGGACAUAUUUAAUACGUAAGGAAACCUGUUUCAGCUUUUAACGUGUUGACUGCCAUGUGGCCGCUGACGACAAUAGACCUUUAUGUCUUACACCAUGGUCUGACCCGGCAGUGAAAUAUCCAUCACUAUGCAUGUGGCAAUCAAUAUGUUAAAUAAACUUAAUUUCAAAUUACUAAUUUAAGAAUAGUCCUGGUCAGUAGCUAAACAUAACCAGAAGAAACUAAUUUUUCUUGUCUUUGUCCUCCAUGAUCAUGACUCAACAAUGAUUAAAAAUUUGUUACAUUUAGUUGUAA